UUAAACUGAAUUUAAAGAAGUUCUUUUCUCUUCAAGUUCGAACAAAAAUAAAUUCAAAAAGUUAGUUCAACAAAAUAUUUACUUUUUCAGUGUUUUUGCAGACUCUCAUUGAUGUUUGUGAAGAAAAAAAAAUAGAUAAAAAAAUACUUUGCAUUAUUUUCAAAUUCAUUAAACAUUUGUGGUAACUAAAACUAUUCAAUAUGCAACGAUGGAAGGCAUUCUUUAAAGGUGAAAAAACAGACAGGACAAUUCAUGUUAUCAGAUUUGAAUCUUUGCAUGAAAAACGGAGCUAUAUGCAAUCAGCUUAUAAAUGUUUUAAACGUUUUGGCUCAGUUCAUACAAUUCGCACAGCAUGCGUUGACUGUUUAUUUAUUCAGUACAAAGACGCCAAAGAUGCUGCCAAAGUGUUGAAAAUCUCCCAAAUUGAGAUCGAUCAUAUCAGGUUUAGAAUAUUGCCGGCUGAUAAAUUUCAUGAUCAAAUCACCGGUUGCUGUACUCACCAUGGACAUAUUUUUACCGCUCAAACUAAUAAUCUGGUAACGAUUAUUAAGGAUUCAUCAAAAAAUAUAUUAAAUGAUUUGAACGAUGAUUGUCUACGCCAAAUAUUCCGAAACAUACACAGCUUAGUGGAUUUUUGUACUGUUGCGAAUGUGUGCAAAAGAUUUAAUGCAAUUGGUGUGGAAAUAUUCUCGUUAAAAAUUAAUCAAAAAACAUUCGCUUUAAGUGAAUUGAAUGUGAAUGGUGAUGACACACUGUUACGGCUUGAGCUUUUUUUAACCAUGUUUGGUGCAUCGGUACAAGCCGCUCAUCUAAAUUUUAAUGAUUUACAUUUUGGAAAUACGCCGAAUGCAGAAAAUUUGGCUUUAAAAAUGAUCAAUAAUUAUUGCAAAAAUCUUCGAUCUCUUAGUAUUUUCAUCGGAUGUAACGAAAACAAAAUUAAUUGGAUGGAAAUCCAUUCAGUUCUUCCGAUGUUGAAAUAUUUGAAAAUCCAUUUACAUCACAAAGUAAUCAAAGUUGACUUGUUAACCGAUUUCAUUGCGGCUUGUUGUAUGUUGGAGACAAUGAUAAUUGAUUGCGGAUGGGAUUUCCAAUUGAUCUUGCCAGAAAUUACAUUUCCCAAGCUCGUUAAAUUUAAGUUACCAAAUUUCAUAUAUCCUCAACUGGACAGAUUUUUGAGGCAUAAUACUCAAUUAGAAAGGAUUAAUUGUUUUAGUUUUGACCAUGUUCGAUUCAUUGGUUUAAAUAUGUUGAAUCUUCGAAAAUUGACUUUGCAAGGGGGCAGAACUGUCGAAGAUGAUGUGUUGAAUUCAAAAUCUCUUAAUAAAAAUGUCAAAAUUAAAUUAGAGAAUUUAUUUACGGAUGGUCGUGACAUCGGAUAUGUAUGUCAACUGAAAAAUAUCACAACCAUUUGGGCUGAAGUUUGGGCACCUUUUAGAGCAAAUCAUUUGAUUUCAUUGGCAAAAAGUCAGAAGGAACUCAAAAAAUUGACGCUUUAUAUACUAGAUCCAAAAAUAAAAUAUCCAAUUGAUAUGAUUAAGUCCAUGUUGAGCUAUGCAGAUAAACUGGUCGAUAUAAUAAUAGUAUGUGGAAAUGGCCUACGAAUUCAAUUCAAUGAAAAAGAUUUCGAUGAAAUUUUGAAAGUUCUUGAACGCCGUCACAAUUCUAUCAAUUUGAACAUUAAGUUCACAAAUUCCUCUUUUUUAUCUGGAAAGUGGCAUACUGAAUGGGAGAAAGAGAAAAUUAUUAUCUUCAAUGAUAAAUCAAAUCGCUUGAAUGUCAUAAGUCACUAUAUUAUGCCUCGUAGUUAUUAUUAAUAAAAGUGUCCGAAAUUGUUUUUGUUAUCACAUAUGUCGAAAUCGACAAUGAUCGAUUCAAAUUAUAAUUACCACAAACAUUACGUAUAAGAUGAUCGAAACUAAUUGUGCAGUUUGAAUUCAUAAGUUUAAUUUAAAUUCCACCCAGAUUUCAUAUUUUUUUCCGAGGCCUUAAGAGGUCAAUGUCGUUGGCCCCCCCCCCUAAUUUAGUGCUGCUGAAUCGCAUAUACUAUAAUUGGCCUUAAGGCAAUAAUUAUUUUCUUCCGAGCAAAGUUUUUUUAGAUACAUAAUUUUAAAGGAUGAUUUUUAACGGUUUUUGAUGUACAAAUAAACAGUAAAAUGAAUAAAAAAUUUUUUUUUUGAAACGGUA